GCAUCCAAUGCGGAGCAGCAAGCUGAGGCUUGGGCUUGGGGCACUGAGAAUACCUACUGUAGUGAACUAGUGACUAGGGCAGAUAAUUACCAUCCAGCUAUUCUAGAGAGUUUAUACGGUUCCUACCAAUUGGGAUGAUUCCGUGGGUUUGAUGAAUACGCUUAAACCUAUUGUAGAUAGAUCUCCAUUCUUCAGCAUGUUGAUCUACUGUGCACGACACAUGGGGUGUCUCAAACUUAUCAAUACUGCAGCGUGAAUUGCCUGGGCUCCAGUCCAGGAUGACCCCUUUGCAUCAUAGAGUCGAUGCUUUAGAAGCACCAACCAGAGCAGAGAUGAAAAGGCAAAAGAGCUCUUGCGGACCAAGCAGCAGCAGAGGGAUGUUCAGGCACGGCACUUGCUGACGGCCCAUUCCCAGAAGGGUUGUAUCAUCGAGUCUCAUCACAUUGAGCACGUUCAACCGGCACCCAUCUUUCCCAUGACAGAGUGGAAACAAGAGGAGUGGGCCGCGCUGAAGAGGACUGGGCAGUUGAUCCGCCGCAUCACUGUGCAGAAGGAAGCUCUUCGGCCUGGCAGUGCAAAGCAUCCGCGUUUUGGCGCCGUCCCGACGCCCUCGCCCUCCGUCCGCUUCCGGUCUGCCUCCACGGUGCCCACGCCGCGACCAGCGAAGCCCACGGCCGUGAGACCGGCCGCUGCAUGUGGCUGGCCACCUCCAGAACUACAGGAAACACCACUCACACCACUCGAAACAGCCAUUCCGCCGGAGCCAGCGAAAGUGAAAGUCCCGGUGCCGGAGCCUGCAGUUCCACCAAGAGUGCCAGCCGCAGUUCCAGAGAAGCUGACCGUCUACACUGAAGGUUCCGGUGAGUUCGGGAAAGCCGUGAAAGCCAUCUCUGGUACCUACGUUGAGAACGGCACAGCUUGUGGGCGGAAAACCUAUGAGAAGGAGGGCAAUGAGGAUUCCAAGGUGAUCAUCUAUUAUUGGGACGAUCGAGAUGGUCCUGAUUUCCAGGGAUGGUGGUUUGGCAACACAUUGGCUGGACCACAAGUAUGGGCACGUUGCUUGGAAGACUCCACGCGACCACCCAUGCGUGGCUGGAGGAUCCCUUGGAACGGGGAGGAGGAGGAAGCCUUGCGUGUGGAGCUGGAGGCUGACAGGCAAGAAAGGCUUGCAAGGCCUCAACUUGAUGAUCUCAAGCAGCAGGCGCAAAAGCUGAUGCUUGCAGCGAAGAAGGUCCAGGAGAAAGCCCGAGUGGUUUGGAACAAAAAGCAGAUUGAAGAGGUGAACAACCUAUUGGCCGAGCUAUCGCAGAUCGGCGAAGCCCUGCGAGAGAUUUCGAGCAAGGCGGCGGCCAUUCCAAAGCCCAACCGCAGCAUGAGUGGCAACGGGCUGCUUGAAGAUUUUCAAGAGUUUAGCAACAGAGUUUCUGACGCCUUCACUGCUUUGCAAAAGGAAGACGCAAACCUGCGGCGGGUCAGCAAGGAGGUGGAAGAUGCACGGAAGCGAGAGGAACAAGAGAAGCUGGACUCCCUGGCGAUGCAGCACUUUUUGCCCGACAUCAAGUCUAUUGUCAACGAGGCAGAAGACGAAGUGGAGAAGGCCUUGAUCACCCACGAGAUGAUUGCCAACGCUGAGGAGGACUCCAAACUGCAUGCUGUGGAGAUGACCGAGGCCGCUUGUGCGAGAGCUCAGCAGGCACUGGACGGCGUCAGGGCCUCCUUGAAGGCUAAGCGCAGCGAGCUGCCGCAGCUGGACAGUAGCGCUCCUCGUGGAGAACUGGAACUCCAGAGAUUGGAGAAACAUUUGCAAGCAGCGCAGCUGAAACUGAAGCCAUUGAAGGCAGCACGAAAUGAAUGGAACAUGCAGAGGCGCAGCAAGAAGAUGAUCGAAGAGGUGGAGGAGAAAAUCAUCCUGGCCGAAGUGGAGCUGGAUCGCUUGGACGCGUUGUUGAAGACGGAGGGCCCGCUCAACGAGGUGUUGUUCGCGGAGAUGCAUGCCGCGUUGAAGUCUAGCGCCGACGCACAGGAGGUGAUGGCCAGUCACGUGAAUGCGCCCAAGGUGCAGAAUUGCCCGUGGGCUCGGCGGAAGAUUGAACUCUUGGAGCCUCGGGUGGAAGACGCACAAUCGCGGCACAUCACGGCAGAAGGAGCCUUGCAAAACCUGGAAGAUCGCUUUGCAACAGAUGCAAUGUUCGAAGAAGCCAAGGGCAAGUUUCAAGUGAUCAAUGACGGAUUGCGGCAGAUGCAGGACUUACUGCGUGAAGCGGACAGCGCAGAAGACAUCUUAUUGGUCGUGAAGGCUGGGGAAGAGCAAAAGGUGAAGCUUCAGCAGGCCUUGUCCGGAACCAAAGUCUUCGUUUCGACCAAGGCGGUGACCGUGAAACGAAUGGUCACGGAAGCUGCCAUUUCAGGACUUGAACGCCUCCAGGAAUACGAAACUCAAUUGGAGACGAGCAAUGAGAGCUUCACCAAGCUGUGCAAUCAGAUUAGUGAACUGCGCGCAAACGCCUUUUUGAAGGAGGCCGGCGAUUCGGUGGCCUCCGUAGAGCAUCGAGCAGAAGAGAUGAAAGCAUCCAGCUCUCGAUGGUCAGAGGAGGAGCUUGGCCCGGCAGAGCUCCGGGAAGCCACGGAGCAGUCCCUGAAGAUCGAACGAGAGGUGACCAACUCUAUGGCCGAGGCCAGGAAGCUCAUUGCUUGCAGGCAGAUCGAGGCCCGGAACAAGACCGCCUCACCGAACCUGGCCGUGGGCCUCGAGAAGCUGCAACAUCGGCUGAUGCAGGUACAAGCUGAAGUGGCCAACCAACGAAAGCUGUUCGCAGUCGCGGAGCAGCGUUCGAAGGGGCGCAAGGCCAAAGAAGAGGUCGCGCAGAAGCUGGGAGAACUGGAGCCAAUCCUGUUGGAGGCGGAGAAAGCUGCAGAAGCACUGCCAGCACAGCAGAAUGCUGCUGACCUAGAGGAGUCGAGAAAAGAGUUGAAAGGCGCUGAGCAGAAGCUUCACGAGAUGCAAGUGAACUUCAAGCCGUUGGCCCGGUUGCUGGAGUCUGCCAAAGCUGAUGACUGCCAUCUUCGGGCCCUGCAAGCGAGAUCAGAGGCCGCACUGACAAAGUUGAAGUGUCAAUCUGAAGCUUGCUACAUUCAAAGCUUGCUGAGUGAGGUGAAGCUGCGCCUCACAAACUGCAAGGCUUGGAGCGAAAACAUGCUGAAGAAGCGCCCAAGUCCGAUAGUACCGAUGCAGUGGAGAUGGCCAAAGCUCUCGCGACCUGGGACAGGAAGAUCCAGGCCGUUCUGA